AUGAAGACCUCACACUUUGUUUCCGCCAGCCUCUUGUCCCUUGUAGUGUCCGCAGCAAGUCCUCACACAAACCCCAGAACAACAAACACAACCGCCCCGCACAAAGUCAUAUUCGACACAGACUUCAACACAAUAGGCGACGAUGGCCAAGCCCUCGCAAUGGCAGCCCAGCUGCACGCAGCAGGCUCCCUCACCCUCCUCGGCAUAACGGUAGUGACAGGCAACCAGUACCUAAACCAAGGCGUCGCGGACGCCCUCCGCGCCGUCGAGCGGAUGGGUAUCGCACACGACGUCGGCGUCUACGCGGGCGCCCCCUACCCCAUCCUACACACCUACGCAGCCCACGACCUCGAGGUCGCCACCUUCGGCAACGCGACAAAGUACGUCGGCGCGUACGCACACCCAGGCCCCCAGCCCCUGGUCCCGCCGCCGGACGGCUUCGCAGCCACCACCACGACACCGAGCACGAAACACGCCGUGGACUUCAUAAUCGACACGGUCCGCGCGCACCCGCCCGGCGAGGUCACCAUCCUCGCCCUGGGGCCCCUGACGAACCUCGCGCUGGCCAUCGCGCAGGACCCGGGGAUCGUGCCGCUGCUGCGCGGGCUGGUGGUCAUGGGCGGGCAGUCAUAUGUCCCCGGGAACGCGUACCGCGAGGGCGCGGGGGAGACGAACUGGUGGUUCGACGCCGAGGCGGCGCGGGUGGUGCUGCGAGCGCCUGAGUUCCGCGAGCGGAAGAUCGUCGGGCUGGACGUCACUGACACCGUUGCCAUCUCCAACGAGACGUACGAUCUGGUUGCGGGCCAUGAGCCGGCUACGGCUGUCACGAGGCUUUUUAAGGGUAUUGAGAGGUGGCCUUUUGUUUAUGAUACCGUCGCGCUUGCGUCGCUCUUUGAUGAUAGCCUUGAUUUGGAUGUGCGGGAGCUGUAUGUGGAUGUGGAUUGUGACUUUAGUGCCGAGUAUGGGAAGGGCCUUGUGUGGGAGGAGGAUCCGUAUCCGGGGCUUGGGGUUGUGGGUGCCUCGUCUGUGCUGUUUGGGAUUGACAAUGAGCGGUUCUUUGAGCUUUAUGUUGAUCUGCUUACUCGCCCGAUAUCUGAGGGUACAUGA